UGUCAGAAAUACACGCUUGAGAGACACAGGUUGAAGAGGAAGCUGGGAGUGGAGGAACUAAAUCUAACAGAUGCGUUAAAUUUGGGGGCAGGACAGGUAUUACAAUAUUUGAAAGAAACAGGAUUAAGUAAUAGAAUUUAAAGCACUGACAUUUCUGAAUCUCCCUUUUGUUUUGUUUGUUUUAUUGUUUUUGUUUUGUGGGUAUUAUUUUUGGGUUUGGUUUUGUUCGUUUGGUUUUGUAAGGGGAUAGGGUACUCUGGUCCACACUCCACUACAGCAGGUGGCGGAAAUGCACCGUUCACUGGAUGCCAUCCGCCUAAAAACUUAAAAAGAAGAAGAAGAAGAAAGGUCAAGAAUCGAUGGCCGUCGUAGGCGCGGAUUAAACGUCACCGCAGCUCGAAAGAUGCUCGCUUAAAUAGAACAAAAUGAUGGCCCUCGGAAAACUACUUUAUUAUUUAAAAUGAGAAACGAACGCCUUGCUUCCUUUAGAACAGCAAACAUUUUACUGAGCUAUUGUCUCAUUUUUAGACUCGGUCGAGCUAGCUGCUGUUAGCUGGCUAGCAUCUGCAUUGUUAUUGUUUUUGCUACACCAGGCGACCAUAAAACACCGUUUCCCGAGGUCCCCCAGCCGAGGCCGGGGCUCGGACUGCCUGAGUGAUGGUGUAUUGUCCGCAACGGGAAGAUGGAUGACAAAUCCAGCAGUGGCAGCAGCCACCACCGGGUCCUGAUCGUCCUGCUUAUGGUGUUGCUCUUUGGCGUCAUUAUGGUCCAGUAUGUUUGCCCGAGCAGGUCAGAGUGCCAGAUGCUCCACCAGCUGGGGACGUGGUUUAAGGACGGCAGCGCAACUGGUUCCCGGAGCAGUGGCAAUACGAUUCAAGACUGGCUCCAAAAGGAUCCGUAUAUUGCAGAAGAUGGCGCUCUAGUCCGCUUUGUCCCUCGCUUCAAUUUCACAAAAGCCGAUUUAAAUCGUGCUGUGGACUUCAACAUCAAAGGAGAUGAUGUGAUCGUUUUUCUGCACAUUCAGAAAACGGGUGGCACGACGUUUGGUCGUCACCUGGUGCGUAAUAUUCAGCUGGAGAGGCCCUGCGAGUGUCAUGCGGGUCAGAAGAAAUGUACCUGCUACCGGCCAGGUAAAAGGGAAACCUGGCUGUUUUCCCGUUUCUCCACCGGCUGGAGCUGCGGGCUCCACGCGGACUGGACUGAGCUGACCAGCUGCGUCCCGUCACGCAUGGAUUCUCGAGAAGCUCCGGUGGACCUGCCCAGUAGGAACUAUUAUUAUAUAACCAUCCUAAGAGACCCAGUAUCCCGCUACCUGAGCGAGUGGCGUCACGUGCAACGUGGCGCCACAUGGAGGGCCUCCUUGCAUGUGUGUGAUGGACGUUCACCAACACUGUCCGAGCUGCCGAGCUGUUACUCAGGAGACGACUGGUCAGGUUGCUCCCUGCAGGAGUUCAUGGACUGCCCCUACAACCUGGCCAACAAACGGCAAACCCGCAUGCUGGCUGAUCUCAGCCUAGUGGGGUGCUACAACGUCUCGACCAUGAGUGAGGAAGAGCGCUGGGCACUUCUUCUAGAGAGCGCCAAACGCAACCUGCGCGUGAUGGCCUUCUUUGGACUGACCGAAUACCAGCGCAAGACCCAGUAUCUGUUCGAGCGCACCUUCAACCUGGAGUUUAUCGCACCCUUCACGCAGCUCAACGGCACGCGCGCCUCCAGUGUCGCGGUUCCCAAUGAGACACAAUACAGGAUCCUCCAGCUAAACCGGUGGGACGUAGAGCUGUACGAGUACGCCCGUGACCUCUUCCUGCAGCGCUUCCAGGUGGCGCGGCAGCAGGAGCGCAGGCAGGCCAGGGCGAGGCGGCAGCAGGAGAGGAGGCGGCUCCGUGGAAGGUUCGCCACAAAGCCAGGGAGGCAGCUGAAGCCCACAGAAGCACCCCAGCUCCCCCUGAGCCACUCUCUAGUAACUGAAGAGCAGCUGAGGGGAAAGGCCGGAGGAGAUGGCGAGGAGUCAGAACUGCUACUCCCAGACUGGUGGAAUCUGGAUGAGAACAGCACCAUGGAGGAUUACAUGGACAAUGUGGAGCAGUGGUAGUGAGUGACUGGAACAAGCAGUAGGUUGUCUUAAUGCUAAGUGUGCCAUGUCCUGCCUUGUCUGUUGUUAAAGCAACACUAUGUAACUUUUCACUUUUGGCGCCCCCUUCAGGUUUUUAGGUAUUUAGGUAUCGAUUUCAGUGUCGUAAAUACCCAGUGACGAUAGAUGCAGCCUCGCAUACACUUGUAUUGAGUUGGGAUCAUGUGUUGUCCUGUAUUAUAAUAUUAUUAUUAUUAUUAUUUCUACAUGUCACGGGUUAUAAAAGGUGACGAGGGGGAGGUGACGCGAGGUUUUUUUUGUUUGGAGCGCGCUGACCGACGGCGGACUCAGAACGGCAGCAAUCCGGCGACUUUCUAUUUUGGAUUCAUACCAACGGGCGGGAUCACUAAUAGAAGACUGCGCAGGAACACUGUGAACUGGCCCAGCACCUACCGGACUAGGGUGAAGUAGCGCGGGGAUUGAACGCGGCGCCUCGCCACGUCUCUGCCUGGUCGAUCAGCUGUUUGCCGGCUUUUUGGGUGGGGGGGAGGGGUGCGCGCGUGCAGUCAUUUCCUUUUGUUUUGGGGGACUGCAAAUGUGGAGUACGUGUGAUCGAAUACAAUGUUGUUGACAACACCAAAAAGCUACAUAAAAAAGCUACCCUUAUACUGGAGCUGCGAGCGUGGAGUGGCACUAUAUGACAUUGCGUAAUCACUGCCAGAAAGCCGGUCGAGUACAUCCGCCGGAUGGACCGGGCGGCUCCAGAAUCUUACAUAGCGGAGUUAUUUCCCCACAGACCCCCGGAGACGCAAAUCGUCAUAUUAAAAGUCAUUGUAGCGGCACAAUUUUUUUCAAGCUGUUAUUUUAAAGUCCAAAAGUUACAUAGUGUUGCUUUAAGUGAUCAAAGUCAUUUUAGUACGUUUUUUCUCCCCAUGAACCAAUGACACACAUCUAUUUAUUGAAACUGAUUGUAUUUCUUUUCCACAGCUGGCAUUCAUAAUGAAUCCUUUCUUUUAUAUAUAUAGGGAGGCUUGUUUUGGUAACUGCAAUGCUUCGCCUUGCUUUGAUCACACACGCCUUCUAGAUUGUUCUCCUGGCUUUUUAACACAUCUGAACUCUUGUCGAAUCUUUUUGUUAAAAAGAACAAUUUAAUAAUUGUGUCUAAAAAAUAGUAUACUACUGUUUGUGAUAUACAAUCGAUUUGUUUGCCAAAAUGUUGUCCGUCUGAAAUGUGUACAUUUUAGAACGUGUCUGUGUUUUUAUGUCUUAAGUAUCAGAAAAGGAGAAUGGAAUUUUAAUCAAUACCUCAUUGUGAAGCAUUAACUGCUCAUUUGUAAAAUUCUGAUUGUGUCUAAAGUCUUAAUUUGUUUUUAUAUAAAAAUGCUUUUACAGUUA